ACGCUUGGCCUCGAUUGGCUCCUGAAGCUCCCGGUGGUGUUGAAUCAUGGGAGUGAAGAUUUCGUCAGUGUCUUCAGCUUAAAAUGAGCUGUCAGUCCCACAACCAACUUCACACUGCGGCUGAAGACCAUCUGCAGACCACAGAAACUUAUGAGAGCGGUUGGUCUGAGCCCAUGGAGAGGACAAUGGCAAUCACAGAGCUGUUCAGAUACAUCAACUCCUCUCUGCUCAUCAGCCACCGGCCACUGAACGCCUCACCGGCCGAGCAGACGGUCUACGGCGGCUGCGCACACAUGCCUGCCGUCCUCAUCUUCUACCUGGUGCUGCAGUUCAUCAACAUGUUCCUGGGCAUCCCGGCCAACAUCAUGGUACUGUGGCUCAUCCAUAAGAAUAAGGGCGACUCCUCCACCUCAGACAUCUUCAUCGUCCAUUUGGCUGUGCUGGACACUUUCUUCUGCCUCAUUCCUCCACUGGAACUGGCCAACAUCGUCUAUCUGACCACCAGCAGCACCUGGUACGUCCUGCGCUUCUUCUACGGCGUGAAAGACUCGUCGCCGCUCUUCCUGUCCUGCAUCUGUCUGGACAGAUACAUGGCCGUCUGCCAUCCCAUCACCUUCACCGAACUCAAAGACAAGCGCCAUCGCUCUGUGUGUGCCGGCGUUGUGUGGUUCAUCACCUUGGUCUACGCUGCAGCAAAGUGUGUAGGAAACAUCCCUAACUUUGAGAAGGUCUUCACUGUCAUGAUUCUGGCAGCGUUUGCGUUUAUGCUGUUUUGUAACAUCUCCAUUCUCUGGGCCCUGAGACAAUCUGCUCCAGGUCGAGAUGAGAGGCAUCCCGUCAAGAAAAAGGCCUUCAAAAUGGUCGUCAUCAUCUUGGCCAUCAUUGUUAUUAACUACUUCCCGCCGGUGGCUCUAUUUCCUUUUCAAGAGUAUUUCUCUCCGGCGGUCUUCCGCUGUUAUAUCCACUACAUCGCCUUUGGCUUCAUGGACAUCAGCAGCAGCAUUCAGCCGGUUCUGUAUCUGUCGCGGGAGAAGCUGCCCAAAGUCCCGCUGUGCUGCUCGAAAAACACAGAAUGUGCAGAUGAUCCUGUGUUCACCAUCAACCAGUGAGCUGCUGUUAUUGGAGUAUUUCAUUGAUCAGACAGAUGCACUGAACUGCUGUAUGUACAUAAUAAUGUAGGCCGGUGCAUUCUGUGUACGGUAAACAAUGUGUAAUGUUAUAAAAUUAGAGCCAUUACACUCAUUCUGCAGCUUGUUGGUUGUGAGGUGGAAAAAUACUUGGAAAAUGUAUGUAUGCGUUGAUUUUACAUGAGAACAAACUACUGAGGUGUGAAUAUUUUGUGCAUAGAAACAUGUUGUUAUGAGCAUAUUUGCUUGUAGUGGAUUUAAAGGAUUAGUUCAUUUUCAAAUGAAAAAUUACCCUAAGCUU